GGCUGGCAUUCACCCACGACCCCCCUUUCCUGCUAUGAUGGUCCGUCAGUAGCAGGUUCCCGACCCCCGGGGCAUGUGGGCAGAACUGGCCGCAGUCAGGUGCUCGGGGCCACAGGAGUUCUAGGGCGCUCCGAGGGCAGCUCUGCCUGCUGCGUUCUCCGGUGCUUGUGGAGAUGCCCAAGUGACAGUCGAGCUAGUGAGGACGAGAACGUUCCCUUUUGGCCCCAGUCCGCUGCAUUCAUGGCGCUGCGGGCCAGCCUGGUGCCCCUGUGCUGCUUGGCACUUCUGGCCCUACCGGCCCAGAGCUGAGAGCCCGGCCGGGGGCCGGUUGGCAGGCGCCGCUACGUGCGCAAACAACUCGUGCCGCUGCUCUACAAGCAAUUCGUGCCCAGCGUGCCCGAGCGGACCCUGGGCGCCAGUGGGCCGGCCGAGGGGAGGGUGACAAGGGGCUCCGAGCGCUUCAGAGACCUCGUGCCCAACUACAACCCAGACAUCAUCUUCAAGGAUGAGGAGAACAGUGGGGCCGACCGUCUGAUGACCGAGCGCUGUAAGGAGCGGGUGAAUGCGCUGGCCAUCGCCGUGAUGAACAUGUGGCCCGGAGUGCGCCUUCGAGUGACCGAGGGCUGGGACGAGGAUGGCCACCACGCUCAGGACUCACUUCACUAUGAAGGCCGUGCCUUGGACAUCACCACGUCCGACCGCGACCGCAACAAGUACGGGCUGCUGGCGCGCCUGGCAGUGGAAGCCGGCUUCGACUGGGUCUACUAUGAGUCCCGCAACCACGUCCACGUGUCGGUCAAAGCUGACAAUUCCCUGGCGGUUCGGGCUGGAGGCUGCUUUCCGGGAAAUGCCACCGUGCGCCUGCGGAGCGGCGAGCGGAAGGGACUUCGGGAACUGCAUCGCGGAGACUGGGUGCUGGCGGCCGACGCGGCAGGCCGUGUAGUGCCCACUCCCGUGCUGCUCUUCCUGGACCGGGACUUGCAGCGCCGGGCCUCGUUCGUGGCUGUGGAAACCGAGAGGCCCCCACGCAAACUGUUGCUCACGCCUUGGCAUCUGGUGUUCGCCGCCCGAGGGCCAGCGCCGGCUCCGGGCGACUUUGCACCGGUGUUCGCUCGCAGGCUACGCGCUGGGGACUCGGUGCUGGCGCCCGGCGGGGACGCGCUUCGGCCAGCGCGCGUGGCCCGCGUGGCGCGGGAGGAAGCCGUGGGCGUGUUCGCACCUCUGACUGCGCACGGGACGUUGCUGGUCAACGACGUCUUGGCUUCGUGCUAUGCGGUUCUGGAAAGUCACCAGUGGGCGCACCGCGCUUUCGCUCCUUUGCGCCUGCUGCACGCUCUGGGAGCGCUUCUCCCCGGCGGGGCUGUGCAGCCGACUGGCAUGCAUUGGUACUCUCGGCUUCUCUAUCGCUUGGCGGAGGAGCUGCUGGACUGAACGGCCCAGGCAUAGAAACCUCUGGGAGCCUACUUGGGGAUAUGGACAGGAGGGAGGGAAGGAUAGGGAGAAAAAGCGGCUAUAGGGAGCGGCCUGGUUAGGGGCGACUUCCCAGGUCCCAGGUGGAGUUGAUGGUGGACAUUCCUUCAUGAGGACUGUGUUUAGUCUCUUCCCUAGUGCUUCAGCCCCACCUGAUAAUUUUAUUUUAUUUUUUAUUUAUAAAUUGUAAUAUAAGUAUCUGCUUGCCCGCCUGCCAAAGUGAGAGGCUGGGGCAUAGCCUUAACACUAUCCGACACGGCCAGUCUGAUGCCUGACAUUUUCCUACUGGUGGGCUAAUAAAGGGAAAGCUUCCAGGACCUUAUUGGAAAACACUUCCAUUCCAAGGGUGAUUCAUCCCCAAAGAAAGGGAGAAAAGGGGACUAACCCUAACCCUCACCUUUACUUGCUCCUUUCUCAGCUGGAUCUUGAGACUCUAUUUCUUGAGAUCUUACUUCUUCCCUAAGAGGGGGCUUGGCAGUCUAUCAGCAACAUGAUCCAGAAGAGUCCUCCCUUCUCUAGGUUACUGGUCCCACUUCCCACCAAGACAGGACAGCCAUUCUGCCUCCCUGGUCGCGUGCUGACUGUUGGGUGGACCAGGGCUGUCUGGGGAGCAGGAAGGCCCUUGCACACCCCUUCUCUCUCUUACUCCCUUUGGGUAUUGAUAUUCAAAGCACCUUGGUCCCAUGUUUUGUUUUGUCUUAAGGGUUGGGUUUUUUGUUUGUUUUGUUUUGUUUAGGUUUUUA